CUGCGUUGUUUGAUAUGUAUUUCCUGAUUCUGGCUGUGGUACGAACGUGUGCAAUUCAAAGUGGUUCCAUAUCUGAUCAGAUAAAUCAGUCAGUGAGAGUAUCAUCACCUCGGAGCCAGUGUGAACGAGGAGGACUGUGGUCGGCUUAGAUCUUUCUUCCGACUUGACGGUGCGGACAUGUGACCUCAGGUUCGGUCCCCGCUUUUCGUUUCCGGGAUCAUGGUCAAUUUCAUAGAAAUGCUUCCGGGCCCUGCGCGCGGGGCAAUCGUUCGGUAGAAGGUGGCAUCGUGCUGUGACCGUUAACGGCGCGAGCUCCCGCGGGGAUGGAGGAGGGGGAGCAGCCCGGCCCUGGACACGGACAAGACCCCGGUCCCACAACCCGGCUCGGCUCAAUUCAGAGUCCAUUAGGUACUUCAUACAUCCCUACAGAAGAUGAAAGAAGGGUCUUCAGGGAAUGCAAUCAGGAAAGCUUCUAUUAUAGAUCAUUGCCUUUUUCUGGGAUGAGUAUGCUAGUAACUCAAGUCCUAAUCUCCAGAGGAAUCCUUUCGACUUCAACUCGAUUUGGAUCAAUACCUAAGGUUGCGUUUGCUGGUUUUUGUGGUUACCUGAUUGGAAAGAUUUCCUACAUGAGGACAUGCCAAGAGAAGUUCAUGAGAUUAAAGAAUUCGCCACUCGGAGAUGCUCUACGGCAAGGACAUAGAAGAUUCCCACAUCCACAUUCAUAUCAAAAGUCUGAAUUUUCUGACGGUACUGUAGAACAUCUACAACCCGAAGUGAACAGCCCUAUCACCUACUCCGAUGAUUAUACCUACAGUGUCUCUGAUUCAAAUUAUGAGCCUGUUCCAUUCAGUUCUACACUCAGCGAAUCAGCUCCUACAGGGAUUGUUGACACUACAGAAGCACCUAGUCCAGAGAUAGAAGAAUCAAAGCCUCAAAGGAAAUCAAUGACAUAUGACGAACUAAGAAACAAAAAUAGGGAACUAUACGAAGUGACAGUGGCACAAAAGGCAGAUUCGCUUCACAAACCAACUCCACAACGAUUACCUGACAACAAAGGAGUUGCAAAAACAAACAAGUAUGGAGAUACCUGGGAAGAAUAAGGAUACUCAUGGACAAGUAGAUGGAUCCAGAACGUUAGAGCUAUUCAUAUAUAAUAUCCUUCACAGAAAUAUUUAAUCUGAAAGCCUGAAGAAUUUUUUUUAAAAGUUGAUCCCAAUCUGAUUAUACCAUAAAGAUCUUAUGAUCUACUUUUUAAUGGAAUCCAGUUGACUUGUUUACAUUCUUUUCCAUCAAAGACUUGUUUGUUCCCUUUCUUAGCAUAAAAAUUAUGAUUGAUUGAAAAACACUGCAGAAGGUUUCUUGCUAGUACUUGUAUUCCUUUCUAAAUGUAACGAUUUAUGACAGGGAAGGUAUGCAAAGUAAAAUAUUACUUUAGUUUAAGGCUGUAUUAGACAGCCUCAACAUGGAUGAUUGUGUAUUCUUAAUUCUGAGCUGUGUUUUUGCUGUUAAUCAAAUUAAACCAAAGUGAUGGAUGGACUGUAUUUAAGUAAUACUAUGUAUAUUCAAUUUUCAACCAUGAAGCUAUUGAUGCAAGUAUAAAUUUGAAAAUGAACAUUAUUAGAUGUAAAGUGUUUUAUUAUUGUUACAUUUUUAUAAAAGCUAGCCCAUAAUUUGCUUACUCAACAAUUUUUUAAAAAUCUUUUUGAACAGUUUCCACGCUUGGGGAAUCCAGCUAUUGGGAACUUUCAAAUUUGCAUAAAUGUAAAUCAAAUUAUGUUGCUUGGGUGGCACCCAAGGACUUUAUAAUCCUAGCAGGAUGAGUCACUAGUUUGGUAACGGUGAGCUAUUUUUCUAGUUUUAUGUUUUACUUUUAGCCAAUCAAAAUUUUCAGUCGUAUUACCAAUUCAACAAAAACAAUUCAAAUGUUUUAUUUCAGUACUUUGUGUUUUCCACCAAUUCUUUCCCUGCAACAUUGAUAAUAAAGUGUAUAAACAUGAA